CUGUUAGUUAGUUAGAUUUAAAGUAAUUCUUAAGCUGUGCAAAAUCUUGUGCGAUGCAGUCAUUGUAGUCAUUUACUAUUAUCAAAGCCAAUGUCAGUUUCGACUGCAUGUAUUUUUCGACAAUCUUGAACGUGUUGAAAAUGAUAUAUCAGCUCUUUUGGAUACUCACGACAUGCUUCACUUUUUUGUUCAAUGCUUUGUGGCUAUGUUGCAACUUUGCUUCAGUCGGGAUCCCGUGGCUUAUGCUGAUAUUCUUCCUAGUUUGCAUCGCGUCAAAAUUUGUGAAGCUUAAAUGUCCUGCGGGUGAAGUCGUACAAUCGAUGCUGCAUCGAAGCGAGAAGGAGGUUGGCUCCGAGGUGCUAUAUUGGCCUAUUGUCAGCAGGGGUGGGGCAUUUGAUGCGCCGGAAAACUCACUUGCUGCCAUUAAUCACUGCUUGUCACAAAAAUGCUACAAUAUUCUAUUGGAUUUGAACAUAACAUGCGACGGGCAUCUCGUAGUGCUACACAGAACAACUUUAGAGAAGGCAAACAUCAACGAACCCAUUCAUAAGCUAAAUUUAAGUGCUUUAGAAAACUUCAACAUUUCUGAACAUCAUCCCUUAGGACAGCAUUUUAGCGUGGAGAAAAUAAUAACCUUCGACAAGUUAUUGAAAUUGUUAGAAACGAACGAAUUAACAGUGUUUCUGCUGGCGUCGCACAUCACCACAAAGCUAACGGAGCUUGUACGAGAUGCAGUUGGCAGAAACUCGAUCCUCACCAAACGCAUUGUGUUCUGCUGCUCUUCACCAGUGGCAAUCUAUCAGAUACGUCAACAUUGUCCGGAUCUUGUUUGCGGAUUGUGGAUGGAAAAAUCAUCGCUCUCACGUACUCAACAGUAUUUACACGCAUCAACCAUUUUGAUGUCAAUUUAUGGUGCCAUCUUUCGUAACAUUAUUGCACCAGUAAUUGGAAUUAGUUUAGUGUUCAUCCACAAGGAUGAAUUUAAUGCGCAAAUAUCAACAUUAUGGCACAACGUGGGAGUUAGGCCAAUAGUUUAUACAAUCAAUUCGCCGAACGAAAAACGAUACUUUCAGCAGGUGACGAAGACACAGUAUUUAACCGAUUCACUGCGCUCUGAGCCGCAAAUUAUUUUUAGAGGAAAACAUAAGUAAGCGUACAAGUGCGAAUUAGUAAUCUUUUAAAGAAUACAUCCCAGUAACGGUUCUAGUGACAUAAAUGAUUUCGUACUAUGUUUGGCAGCAUAUUUAUUCGUAUAGUACCUAUUAGUUUUUAAACUGAAAGUUAAUAUGUCGCUUAUUUUAUUUUUUAUAUUGUUUUAAAAAUUUUACUCGCGUUAUGAUAUUCUCUUGGGUGCUGUACUUAAAAUUCAAAUGGGUUUGGGAGAAUGCUGUUUUAUUGCAUUCGAGAUCGAAGUCGGAAAACAUCUUGCAUUCGUUGUUUUUGUGUUGCGCGGACGGAUUUACGGAUUUUUGUGAUGUCACCGGCCAACACUCUAUAUUGCAAGCAUAGUUUAGACAGUCUGCCGAGCGAUAUUAUGCUUCAGUAUUGAUUCGUAUUCUUUUGCUCCGAAUUACUAUUGUUUCUAGAUGAAUAGUAUAAAAAUACCACCGAUAUUCGACCUGCCAUGAUCAUGUGAACCAUUUUUACUAUGUAGUUAUCAUGAUAAACGGUUUAAUUUGAACAACAUAUUUGAAGGCUUUGUCCUUUACAUUACAAAAUUAACAGUCAUUUCAAAGUGCAACUUAUUAAAAAAAGUUCAAUGCAUUGUUUAAGGGUUGAAAUGCUGAACUUAUUGUAAUAGAUCCAAUCUUGGAAAGAAAACAAUCACUCAAGCGUGUGAGGUAAAGCUUAUUGUGUUCAAGUUAUUUUUAUGAAAAUAGUAGUUAAUAACGGCUUUGCGUACUUUCUAGUACACAGCUUGGUAUGAAAUGUUAUGGGCGAUUUGGUGACCAUUUUUUAUGGUCAAUAACUAAUCAAAAAAACUUACAAAACAACAUUCGAAAUUAAUUUGGAUUUACAUUGAACGUAGCAGAUUGUAUUCGAAUGAAUACGAAUGAAAUUGCGUUGAAAGCGAAAGAAAUUUUUCGUGUCGUCGCCAAACUAGUCUGGUUGCAUUGACUUAUAAAAUCACGAUUGUCUUUAAGUACAGCACUCUUUCCUAUACAAAAAUUAAAAAUGACGAAGCAAAACCACGUAUAGUUUAUACUAGUAAGACAGGAAACUUAUAUGCACAGAUAAAAAGUUGUGCAUUUUGAAUGUUGCGUACUCAAAAAACUGCUGUUCCUCUACUGUGCUUCAAGUUUUGCCGUGAGUUUUGAAAGUUUGUUUUUAUUUAUCUAAUAUUUUAGACUUUGCUUAAUAUUUUGUUUUUAUGUCGACGUAAACUGAGUGAUAUUCAAUUUCCUUCUAUUCCCUUCUAUUUAAAACAAAAAUGCAAUGCCAUAUAGAUAAUAAUUCAACAUUCACUUUUUUUUAAAUCUUUUUUAAAUGCUAGCGUAUAAUUAUAAUCAUCUGUAUAUUGCCUACAUUCUGAAAUACUGAAAUUAACUAUUUCUUACUACAAUUCGAAUA